GGCGGCCAAAGCUCAAUUCACCGGGCUGACAAGUCUAGUCGCGUAGACCAGGUUGACUUCGCAUGAAGCCCCAGUCGUUGCAAAUUGCAACAAAUCGACCAAGGAAUUAUUUUUCAUCGCCAAACAGGAAGCCCAGAACGAGAGUCCCUUUUGAGGCGCCGCAUUUCCGACCCGUAGAUAAAAGCCUGGCAAUGUUCCUCCAGAAAUCUUUUCCAAUUGCAACCCGGGAAACAGUGCACAAUCUACCCACUUUUCAUUUAUGGACAUUAUGAACAGCUUUUCGGUCUUGGAUGCCGACGGCACCGGCCAUACUGAAGACACAUCGUCACCAAUCUCGACAGAUUCUCCAUCGAUUCUUGAGCCCAAUGCCGGCAAUGAUCUUGCAGCCAAAUUUUACGAUGCUUUUAACGACAUCGCAAACGAGAUGUCAAUCAUCAACGGCAAGCUCAAAAAGGUGAAAUCGGCUGAAAUGACCCGACAAAUUGUCAUGGCGAUUGAAAGGCACGGCCGUGAUCCAAAUAAGGACACUGCCACCGCAGAUGGUGAUGGAUUGCCCAUGACCAAGCUCUGUAAUUUCCUGGACAAGGAGAAGACCUCUGUCAGCCGAUGGGUUCGUGCUGCGAAGAAAUCUGGACACGUCCAGGAGCAACGAAAAAGUUCGGACAGGCGACAAAAACUUCUCUCCCUUACAGAAUCCGGGUGGGAGCUGUUCGAAAGUUUAGCGCGCACCAUCGCAGACAAAAUAGAACCGGUAUUGCGGCAUCUUUCACCGAAGGUGAACUGCGAGAUCUUUUUAGAAAAUUUGGAGGAAUUUGUUGUGGCGUUUCGUGCUGCUCGGCUGGAUAUUCAAGGUGAGAGAAGAGUAGUGUUUAAGAAUGAGCAAAGCCAUUAAGAAUCACACAGAGAACUCGACGACACCGCUCGAAACGCCCGCGCAGACGCCUUCAAAUACAGUCUAUACUUCAUCAGCUUCACCAGAUACUGACGCAAUAGCGCCAGCUGAAAGCCAACAAAGCAUCUGUCUAGCCCAUGCGGAGAUGCUUUUUGCAGCUUUACCUGACCAAUACUUUUUCUGUGGAGAACUCAAACUGUGCCGCUUUAAGAACCAGUACAGCAAUAUUCCCACCUCUCCUGUCGGUUGGGUGUUUCCACCACCUAUUUCUGAUAUUUGGAAUUUGGCGGACGAGAUGCAUGUGCGCUGUGACAAUAUUUGGGCUGUCGUGAACCGCGAUGAGAAUUCCACAAUCGUCUCCUUGAUAUC